GGCUCCAGGAUUUGGAUUUGGGAUCGCAAUAUCGGGAGGUAGAGACAACCCUCAUUUCCAGAGUGGAGAAACAUCAAUAGUCAUCUCUGAUGUUCUCAAAGGAGGACCUGCUGAAGGCCUGCUGCAGGAAAAUGACCGUGUUGCAAUGGUCAAUGGAGUGUCCAUGGAUAAUGUUGAGCAUGCGUUUGCUGUUCAACAGUUGAGAAAGAGUGGUAAAAAAUGCCAAAAUUACUAUACGACGGAAGAAAAAAGUUCAGCUUCCUGUGGUUCGCCCUGACCCAGAGCCAGCAUCUGAAAAUGAGGAGGACAGUUACGAGGAUGAGGUGCCUGACCAGAGAAGUGCCCACAGUGGCCCUGGUGCCAGCAGGAGGAGUGAGAAGAGCUGGGUAAGGGACAGAAGUGCCAGCAGAGAAAGAAGUUUGUCGCCUAGAUCAGACAGAAGAUCUGUCGCUUCCAGUCAACCUCCAAAACCUACCAAAGUGACCUUGGUGAAAUCUAGAAAAAAUGAAGAAUAUGGUUUAAGAUUAGCCAGCCAUAUUUUUGUAAAGGAAAUCUCUCAAGAUAGUCUGGCAGCGAGAGAUGGAAAUAUUCAGGAAGGCGACGUUGUGCUUAAGAUUAAUGGCACAGUCACCGAAAACAUGUCUUUGUCCGAUGCAAAAACAUUGAUAGAAAGGUCAAAGGGUAAAUUAAAAAUGGUAGUUCAAAGAGAUGAGCGAGCAACUUUACUGAAUGUCCCAGAUCUAGAUGACAGCCUUCAUUCUGCAAACGCUUCAGAGAGAGACGACAUUUCAGAAAUUCAGUCGCUGACAUCAGAUCAUUCCAAUCGUUCACAUGACCGGCCCCGCCGCAGCCGUUCACGGUCUCCUGACCAGAGAUCGGAGCCUUCAGACCAUUCCAGACAUUCUCCACAACAGCACAGUAACAGCAGCACGCGGAGUAGAGAUGAGGAUAGAGUAUCGAAGCCUGGAGUAUCUACACCUGUGAAAAAUACAAACAGCGCAACCCUACCUAGAGCAGCAGAUGAUCUGGACAGAGCAGAUAAGCAGACACCUCCUUUACCAGAGCCAAAACCUGUGUAUGCCCAGUCAGGACAGCCAGAUGUAGAUCUACCUGUCAGUCCAUCUGAUGGACCUUUUCCCAACUCCACACAUGAAGAUGGCAUGCUACGGCCUAGCAUGAAACUUGUGAAGUUUAGAAAAGGAGACAGUGUGGGACUACGUCUUGCUGGAGGAAAUGAUGUGGGUAUUUUUGUUGCUGGUGUAUUGGAGGACAGCCCUGCAGCUAAAGAAGGACUGGAAGAAGGUGAUCAGAUACUUAGAGUAAACAAUGUGGACUUCACAAACAUUAUCAGAGAGGAAGCUGUCCUUUUCCUGCUUGAUCUACCAAAAGGAGAAGAGGUCACAAUUCUGGCGCAGAAGAAAAAAGAUGUUUAUCGUCGCAUUGUCGAGUCAGAUGUUGGGGAUUCCUUCUAUAUCCGUACGCAUUUUGAGUAUGAAAAAGAAUCUCCUUAUGGACUCAGUUUUAACAAAGGAGAGGUAUUCAGAGUGGUGGAUACACUGUACAAUGGGAAACUUGGAUCAUGGUUGGCUAUAAGAAUUGGGAGGAAUCAUAAGGAAGUGGAAAGAGGGAUUAUUCCAAAUAAGAACAGAGCUGAGCAGCUUGCAAGUGUGCAGUACACUCUUCCCAAAACAGCUGGUGGCGAUCGUGCAGAUUUUUGGCGUUUUCGAGGCCUCCGAAGUUCUAAGCGAAAUCUCAGGAAAAGCAGAGAAGAUCUCUCUGCCCAACCUGUUCAAACAAAGUUUCCUGCAUACGAAAGAGUCGUGUUGCGAGAAGCUGGAUUUCUCAGGCCUGUUGUUAUCUUUGGUCCCAUUGCUGAUGUUGCACGAGAGAAGCUGGCAAGAGAAGAGCCUGAUAUUUAUGAGGUGGCAAGAAGUGAACCAAGAGAUGCAGGUACUGACCAACGCAGCUCUGGGAUCAUUCGUCUCCACACAAUCAAACAGAUUAUUGACAGGGAUAAACAUGCACUUCUAGAUGUGACCCCAAAUGCUGUAGAUCGCCUGAACUAUGCACAGUGGUAUCCAAUUGUAGUGUUCCUUAACCCCGACUCCAAGCAGGGUGUGAAAACUAUGCGAACGAGGUUGUGCCCGGAAUCUCGAAAAAGUGCCCGAAAACUUUAUGAACGUUCACAUAAACUACGCAAAAAUAAUCAUCACCUUUUUACAACAACCAUUAAUCUUAAUUCUAUGAAUGAUGGCUGGUAUGGAGGACUGAAGGAAGCUGUACAGCAGCAACAGAACCAGCUGGUUUGGGUCUCGGAAGGCAAAGCAGAAGGUGGCACAGAUGAUGAUCUUGAUUUGCAUGACGACCGUCUAUCCUACUUAUCAGCUCCAGGUAGUGAGUACUCAAUGUAUAGUACUGAUAGCAGGCACACUUCAGACUAUGAAGAUACAGACACAGAAGGAGGGGCUUAUACUGACCAAGACCUGGAUGAGACGCUCAAUGAUGAGGCAGGGACUCCGCCGGAGUCUGCCAUUACUCGCUCUUCUGAACCUGUUCGGGAUGACAAUUCAGGAAUACAUCAGGAAAACCAAGCCUACCCAUCUUACCCACAGCAGCCACAGCCAAUCAUCAGAACUGAUUCUCCGGGAUAUAAAAAUGUUCCAUCACAACAGAAAGCAGAUGCCUUACCUGCUGCCCCUUACCUUUCUCUGCCGUCUGAAACAAACACUGCAAGUUCAACUGCUGCUGUAAAUCCUAAUGUAAAUCUAAGUAAUGUCAGAUUGGAGGAUCCAAACCCUGCCCCAUACAGCUCUUACCAAGCACAAGCUGGCCCAAUGCGAUCACCAAACACUGAGGCAGCUCACAUAAUGCUAAGAGACCAAGAGCCUUCAUCUUUACCUGUGCACAUAGAUCCAGCAAAGGUUUUCAGAAAAGAGCCAUAUUCUAUGGAAGAUAAUCCCAGGCACAACUACUUGAUGAAACAACAAGUGCUUAGCCAUCAGAGACCAGAAAAAGAAAGCAACCUGAACUUUGAUGCCCUUCCAUCCUAUGCAGAAAAACCAAUGACAAGAGAGUAUGAUGCGUCUUACAGAUACGAAUCUGCUUCAGAAUAUGUGGAUCCAUACCCUCAUGGUUAUGAUCCUCGAAUACAUAGUGAUGAUCAUGUGCCUACUUACGAUGAACAGUGGGGUUAUUAUGAUGAUAAGCAGCCAUAUUCAUCCAGGUCGCAGUUUGAUAGUAAGCAUAGGGACUUCAGUGUGAGGCAGCACUCAGAAGAAAGCCUUGAACGCAGCUAUUUUCCACAACAGCCUCGUUUUGAAGAGCCUCCUCCUGUUGCCUAUGACAAUCGACCUCGACAAGCUAAAAACUACAAAGCACCCCAGUUACAUUAUGAGGAGCCCGCUCCUGCAGAAUAUGAUAUGCAUAUGCGUUAUAAACCAGAGCCUCAAAGCUUCCCUUCUGUACCCACCUCUAGGGCUGCUGAAACUAAACCAUACUUUGAUCAACAUCCAAGAGGCUACGACCAUAGUGCUUCCCAGGGAUUUAAUUCAAAACAAGGGCAAUAUGAUCUUUCUCCUAGAGGGGAAACCAUGCCGCCUCCAUCAACUCAGAUUAAAUCUGACCUUCUGCCAACCAACAGUAAACCUGUUCCUGCACCAGCCUCUGUGAGUGAAGAUGAGGAUGACCCAGCCAUGAAACCACAGUCUGUUCUUACCAGAGUCAAAAUGUUUGAGAACAAGAGAACGCUUCAAGGAGAAAAGAACAAGGACGUUAAUGAUGUAUCUGUUUUAAAGGCUCCAGAAGUUGCACCCAAACCAAUAACUGUUCCAGUAACUGCAUCUAAAGCUGCUCCACUGCCUCAUUAUGAUCAAGAAAAGUCAACUUAUCGUGUACCUGAACCACAGAAACCUCAAGUGAAGCCACCAGAAGAUAUAGUUCGUGCUAACAAUUAUGAUCCUGAAGAAGACGAGGAAUAUUAUCGGAAGCAGCUGUCUUACUUUGAUCGUAGAAACUUUGAAAAGCCCACUACUGCUGUCCCUACAAACAUCCUCCCUGAACCUUCUAAACCUGGACAGUCUCAGAGCCAAGUUAGCUUUAACAGCUACCCCUCCAAGUACGUUCUGACAUGCUGCACUUGUCUCUCUCUGACCUCUUCAUUGCACCUACAUCCUGACCCUUUGCAGUGA